ACUCAAGAUGAAUUCAACAGUAAGCAGAGCAUGGGCAGCUGCAGCUAGUGUUGGAGUUGUUGAAGCUUUGAAAGAUCAAGGAAUAUGUAGAUGGAAUCAUACACUAAAAUCAGUUCAUAAUCAUUUGAAAAAUAAUGUCAGAUCAUUUUCUCAAGCAAAGAAACUUUCAUCAUCAUCAUCAUCUUCUUCUGCUAUGGUUUCUAAUUCAAGCAAACAUAAAGAGAAUGCAAAGCAAUCAGAGGAAUCUUUAAGGACAGUCAUGUACUUAAGUUGUUGGGGUCCUAAUUAAUAACAAUGAAGGGUU